GUUCUUUCAUCUCCGAUUAAUUUACAAACAAGAGCUGUCAGACAUUUUGUUGUUGCGUUGGGCGGUAUGUGAAGUCGAGGUAACGCUAUAGAACAUUCAUACUGUGAUUGGCAGGCUUAGUGAAAAGAACAAAAUUUUGAAAUUUUAUAUGGAAUAGAAAACUUUUAUGUAUUUAUUUACGGAAAAUAUGUUGACUUCGUCGUCUCAGUACCUUCAUCCGGAGUACCUACAACCUCUUCCAACAACGUUGGAUGCAAAGAAAAGCCCACUUGCUCUACUAGCUCAGACAUGUAGCAGCAUUGGCAAAGACGUCUCCCCGUCUAAAAGUAUAAUCCCAUCAAUCAGUAAGAAAGACACCGAGAAAGAUAAAUCAUCAAGCCCGGAAGUAAAAAGACCAGGGUCAAACAAUAAUGGUAGCAGUCGUGUUGUGAAAUCUCCAGUUAUUGACACCUCAGAUAAACCUGGAUUUAGAACAGUUUCAAAUAAAGUUGACAUUCCAGCGUUGAUUCCAUCUUCGCCAGGACAGUCAAGUGAAAAAUCAAAAACACCAUCAAGUUCAUCUCCUGUACGAUCAUCUGAAUCCGAAACCAGCAGCUCAACCAUCUCUCAUUCCAUCACAUCUCUAUCAGUGUCUUCUACAUCACCAAACAAUCAAAAAUCAAAACGAUGUUCUAGCAGGGACGGAGAAUCAAAAUCGGAUUUAAACCACAGAACAAUGUCUCGUCUAUCACCAGAACUAUCUACAUCAUGUUCAACUAGUUUAAAACAACAAAUGACUCCAUCAAUAUCAAGUUUCCAUGGACUUAAUACUUACCCCUCAUCAUAUCCUGGAUUUCCUUUCUUGCCUCCCGGAAGUGCUAUGGAUCAAGCCGCAUUGCAUGGAUAUUCUGCUUCCUUAGCUGCUCAUGCUGGCUUAGGAUUAGGAUCUGCUAGUGCUGCAGCAAUGGUUGCUGCACAGAACUCUGCUAUGAAACAACAACAAGCUGCUGCAGCAGCUGCCUUGUCUCCAUAUGUCUCUUAUACUCGCGUGAGGACGCCGUCGGGCGCGACAACUCUUGUUCCUGUAUGCAGGGACCCGUAUUGUACUAAUUGCCAAUUAACUGUACAAAAUUCACAUUUGUCGUCAACGUGUAAUGCCCCUGGUUGUGCUCAGUGUGCUCACGAAAAAUCUCUUCAAAAUCUAACUUCAUUAGGAUUUCCAGGAAUGAUGCCUACAUCGUUACCUCCAGGAUUUCAUUCCUUUGGACAAGCUGCUGCUUUGUCAUCACUCUAUCCACAUAGUGCACUCAGCGCCCACCAAGGACUUCCUAUUGUUUGUAACUGGGUGUCUGCAGGAAAUGAAUUCUGUGGAAAACGUUUUACAACAUCAGAGGAACUAUUACAACAUUUACGAACACAUACGACAUCUGCUGAUGCUGUUGCUUCAAAUUUUGGACUUGGACUAAAUAGUGCAUAUCAUUUACAAGCUUUAAAUGCAAGUGGUGGAUUAAGUCCAAAUUCUUUGAGACGAUCAUACCCAACAAGUGCAAGUCCUGGACUAUUGAGUGCUAAUCGUUACCAUCCAUAUAAAACCUCGUUAACCUCUCCAUCAUAUCCUUCUGGACAGGCUCUCCCUCCUCUAGGAGCAUAUUACCCUCCGUAUGCAUUAUAUAGCCAACGACUUGGAGCGGCCUCGGUUCCGUAAAUUUCUAUAUUACUAACUUUUGAAAUGUAGUUGAAAUCCCAGGGUUCAAAACCUGUAGGUUUUAUAUAGUGCUGUAAAACUUUAAAUUAUGUGCCAAUAUAAUUGGGAAAAUUAUGAGUGAAUUAUUAUUGUUAGAAUGAAUGGAUUUAUAAUUUAUAAUAUGUCAUAAAUAUUUUGACAUUAAAAUUUAUGAAAAAUUUG